UUGACUUGGGUGGCAGAGUCAGCCCUGGGGGCGCACACCUUGUUACAGUGUGGAGUCAUGCAGAGACUGGCAGGAUGUGUCUUCUUUGACCUUCGACCUUAUUUUGACAGAGAUGAAGCCGGUGUAGAUACAGAGGAGGACUUCACGUCCAGCCCCAUGGCCCGCUAUCAUCAACUUCUCUUUGCCGCACUCAAAUUCUGUCUGGCCAUGCUGACCUCACUGGGCAUAGAAAACCAGGACUGUGGCAAUCAGGUGAUGCAGUUUAUCUUAUCUCGCGGAGAAGUUUUCCACGGAAUUCUACGAGACAGGCAUCCCAGGAGUUUUAGUCUCCCUGCUCUACGUGAACUAGCUCUAACUACAGCGGUUAACUGACUCACGCUAACUC